AUUUAACAGUUAAAGGGAGCUCACGAUUCACCACUUAGCAAUUGGUACAGGCGAAGAGGAAACCCUAAUCCCAGCUGCGACGACGUUAUCUGAUUAUCUAUGGCGGAUGAGAGCGUGAUCACGCCGCCAGAAGCUAGCCCCGCUGCAUCCGCCGCCGGAGAUGGCCUCAAGAGGAAGCUCGAAGAUAUUGAGCACAGCGACGCUCCUGCAGCGGUUACGGAGCCUGAGAACUGCUCGGAUAUUGACGCUUUGAAGAACGGAUUGCAGGAGGAGGGGAAUGGCGGUGUGGAUGAAUCUGAGGCUAAACGGCCCCGUUUGGAGAGCAAUGGCGAUGAUGUUGCCGAGGCUGAUGGUUCAGCAGUUCCACAGAACGGACACACAGAAGAGGGGAAGGAAGAAGAACCUGAAGUGGAGAAGGAAGAAGAAACUAAAGAGGAGAAGGAAGUAGAAUCUAAAGAGGAGAAAGAAGAUGAACCUAAAGAGGAGUCUGAGAAGCCUGAAACUGAGGAUAAUAAUGGCCAAUCUAUGGGGGUCCAAGUACCUGUCAAAGAGCCUCACGAGACGGCCACUGUAGAAACCGCUCCUAGUGACACUGAGAAAACGGAUGUUGGAAGUGCUGAAGAAGCAGGGCAACCAAAUGCAGAAUCUGAAGAAGAGCCCUCCAAUCUGCCGAGAGAGGGGGAUGUUCCAGUUCAGUCUGCUGACAGGCUGCCAGGUUCAGAUACAAUACUGUCACGUAAAAUGGAGGUUCCUAAUGACAAGGUUGGAGUUCUAAUAGGCAAAGCAGGGGAUACAAUUCGGUCACUGCAGGAUAAUUCUGGUGCCAAGAUUCAAAUUGUGAGGGAUGCUGAUGCAGAUCCCCUAGCUGUAUCCAGGCCUUUGGAACUAGUUGGAACCUUGGAAAGUAUAAAUCGGGCAGAAAGGUUGAUAAAGGGCGUGAUUGCAGAGGCUGAUGCUGGAGGUUCACCCUCACUUGUUGCUCGAGGAUUCAACACAGCUCAGGCUGCCAGUGGUGGUGAGCUACUUGAAAUUCAAGUCCCAGUUGAAAAGGUUGGUUUAAUAAUUGGAAAGGGUGGAGAAACAAUCAGAAACUUGCAGACAAGAUCUGGGGCACGCAUUCAGCUUAUACAACCAAAUGGUCCUGCCGACCAAUCUAGUGAAAAGAUGGUCCGUGUGACUGGUAACAAGAAGCAGAUAGAUACUGCCAGAGAAAUGAUCAUAGAAGUUAUGAAUCAGACCGUGAGCAGACCAUCACCUCUCUCUGGUGGAUACAACCAGCAGGGAUAUCGUCCACGCGGACCUCUUGCUCCACAAUGGGGACCAAGGAGCUCUCAUCAUGCGCAAUUCUCUGGUUAUGAUUAUCCACACAGAGGACAAUAUCCUUCUCAGAGUUCACAAUAUCCUCCUCCAUAUGGUAACUACCCUCCACCACAGGCUCCGAGAAGCAACUUUGGUCCAAGCUGGGAGCAAAGACCUCCAGCAUCAAUGCAUGGACCUCCACCUCAGGGCAGCUACAAUUACGGGCAGCAGCAGGGCCCAGGGUAUGGGCAUUCAGCUCCUUACCCGCAAGCUCCUUCACAACCAUAUGGACAUGGGUAUAACGAGGCUAAAUAUGAUCACCCUGCUUCCGCACAACAUUAUGGCCACAUGAGCUCUCAGCCAACACCAUAUGCUCAGGGCGGUGCCCACUCGGGUUAUGGUCAUCAGGACCAAUACAAUAAGCCACCAAUGUACGGCGUGCAGCCACAAGCACCUCAUUCUGAGUCCUAUGGUCAGCCUAGGCCUAAUCAGCCUGGAGAAGCGCCUUACCAAGGCCCUGGCUCCGCCACUCAACCAUACGGUCAGAACAUGCCGUCUCAACAGUCUUACCCCUAUGUGUCAAGUGCACCUAUGCAACAAAGCUAUCCUUCCUACGGGGGCACAACUGACGGAUAUGGGCAAACUCCCACUACAGCAUCUGCUUCUGCAUAUCCUCCUCAAGGUGGUCAGCCCGGGUAUGGUCAGCCGGGAGCUCAACAGCCACCAGCAUAUUCUCAGGCAGCACCUGUUGCAGCUGGUUAUGGUUCAUACCCUACAGCUCAACCUGGUUAUGCCGAACAACCAGCUGCCAAUAAUACAACAUAUGGGUACCAAGGGCCCACAGAUCCGGCUUAUGGUGCUACCCAAGCAACAGCAGCUUAUCCUGCAACUGCUGCUGCGCAGUCGGGCUAUGCUCAAACUCAGCCUACCUACGAUCAGUCUGGUGGCUAUGGGAAUGUUCCUACAGCAGCAGCUGCUGCUUAUGGAAAGAGUGCGUCGCCCAAAGCUGCUUAUCAACAAUACGAUUCCAGUCAGAUGUACGGUGCACAUCAUUGAAUUCUGGUUAGUGAAUUGAUGACGGUUGUGAGAGGGAGGUAGUAGAAUGGACUCGAUAGUCGUAGUAUCUUGCCGACAUCCAAACAGUUGAAACCAGUAUCAGUGAUGCUUAUAUUCGAUCUUCUGAUUAGUUAAAACUUGUAACCGAUCAUCAACGACGUCGUUCUGAUUCUGCAAAAUUUGACAUUAAAGCGAACGACAGCUGAGUCUAUUUCCCUCUUUUGAUUCAUAUUGUGCUUUUAGCUGUUGCAGUGCAUUGUAAACAUGUCUGUAUUGUCGCUUGAAAGAUUUUUAUUCUAUUUCA